AUGGAUCAUAAAGUUAGUGUAUUGAUGCAAAGAUAUGAAUUAGGGAGGUUAUUAGGCCAAGGUACAUUUGCCAAGGUUUACUAUGCUAGGAGUAUCAAUACUGGGCAAAGUGUAGCCAUUAAAGUAAUAGACAAGGAGAAGGUUAUGAGAGUCGGGCUCAUUGCACAGAUCAAGAGAGAAAUAUCUGUUAUGAGAUUGGUCCGUCAUCCUAAUAUCGUGCAUCUUUAUGAAGUCAUGGCUACGAAAACUAAGAUUUAUUUCGUGAUUGAGUAUGCUAAAGGAGGUGAGCUUUUCAACAAGGUAGCCAAGGGUAAGCUUAAGGAGGAUGCUGCACGAAAAUAUUUCAUGCAGUUAAUAACUGCUGUUGAUUUCUGCCAUAGCAGGGGUGUCUAUCAUCGAGAUUUGAAACCAGAAAAUUUACUGUUAGAUGAGAAUGAAAAUCUGAAAAUUUCUGAUUUUGGUUUAAGUGCACUUGCUGAAUCAAAGCACCAAGACGGACUCCUACACACUACUUGUGGAACUCCUGCCUAUGUUGCUCCGGAAGUGAUUAACAGGAAAGGCUAUGAAGGGGCCAAAGCCGAUAUCUGGUCGUGUGGGGUGAUCCUGUUUGUUUUAUUGGCUGGUUAUCUUCCAUUUCAUGAUUCAAAUUUGAUGGAAAUGUAUAGGAAGAUUGGCAAAGCAGAAUUCAGAUGCCCGAGUUGGUUUCCACAAGAAGUACGAAGGCUACUUUUACGAAUAUUAGAUCCAAAUCCAACCACUAGAAUUUCAAUUGCGAGAAUUAAGGACAACUCUUGGUUAAAACGGGGAUUGAAUUCUAAAUCUACAAAACAUGUUGCAGAAAGCAGUGCAACUGGUUCAUCUAGUACAUCUGCGGCUUCUGGUUCAUUGGAAAACGGUAGCACAGCGGCCGAGGAUGAGCAAGAAUUUAACAGGCUUUCAAAUUUGAAUGCAUUUGAUAUCAUUUCCUUGUCAGCUGGAUUUGAUCUGUCUAGAUUGGUUGAGGAACCUAGUGCAAAGAAAGAAACUAGAUUCAUUUCCUCGAAACCAGCUUCUACCAUCAUCACCAAGCUCGAAGAACUUGCCAGGCGUUUGAAGUUGAAGAUAAGUAAAAAGGACAGAGGGUUGUUCAAAUUUGAAGGGACCAAAGAAGGUAGGAAGGGGAUUUUAUCAAUUGAAGCAGAGAUUUUUGAGCUCACUCCAUGUUUUCACUUGGUUGAAGUAAAUAAAUCGAAUGGAGAUACUCUGGAAUAUAAGAAGGUAUUAGAUGAGGGUAUAAGACCAGGUCUUCAAGACAUUGUUUGGGCUUGGCAAUGUGAUCAACCUCCACAGGCACCACACGAGCCUCCAUUUGAGCAUCGGCAACAGCCACUUCCACAGGACCGGCAAUCACAUCAUCCACAGCAGCAGCAAGAUCUGCUACAACGACAACUGCUGCUGCAGGAACAAAUACCUUGA